CAGAAUCGUCGCGGGAGCAUCUCUUGCCAUCUCUCAUGGCGUUCGCUUGUUUCUUCAACUCGAAGGGCCGUUAGAGCCGCCAUGGCGGGCUGGGAGAAAGCCGUGCGCGGAGAAAAGCCAUGCUAAGAGCUGGAGCCCUCAUGGCCGCAUUGCUGGUUCUAGUGCCGUUCACGGGUUGGUCUGUACGGGGUCGUCUGCUUGUCCUCUGUGAAGUUUGGCCGGGGCAUUUAAAAGAGUAUCAGCAAUUAUCAGUAGCAGCUGAUAAUGAUUCAUACAGAACAUUGGUGAAUAGAAUCCUAGUACAGUCUGCACUGAAAAAGGACAACAGAAAUUACAAAAGCUUCAGAACAAAUUUCAAAAUACAUGGAAAAAAUGCCUUUAAAAACAAUCAACAAAACUAUGCAGUUCUGUUUAGAAUUAAUCUAUAUUUACUUGCAGACAAAAAAACAAGCAUACAAAUUUCAAAAAAGCAUUCAGUAAUGUAUGAAGUUAUUUUGAGAGAAAGAAAUUAUUUAAGAAGGAGACUCAGUAUUCUGAUGAAUGCAAAUCUUGAAGACUGUGAAGUGAAAAUGAAUUGGCAUAUUAAUGUGAGAAAGAAAUCUGAAGGUAACAAAUCACAAGUAUCCUAUUUUGAAAAGGGAUAUAAAUACAUGGAGACCAGGUCACCACUGACUUAUAUGGCACAUCAGUCAAAUAUAUUAAAAAGUGAAGAACAGUUACCAAAAAGUCAGAAAAGCUUGGGAAGUAUUAUAAUAUUAAAAUUUGUGAAGCAACGUAAAGGAGAAGACCAUAUUGAAAUGAAGAUUCUAAAAAAGAAAAAAUGUAAAAAUAACAUUGAUAGACUAUUAGCUUCUGUGAAAGAAAAAUUUUGUAAAGUGAAUACAAAUGUGUACAAUAAAAAUCAGCACAGAAUAUUUUCUGAUGGAAAAAAAUUAUUUAAUACAGAAAGAAAAAAACAAUAUAUAGGAUUUAAAAGGUUACAACAGAGAAAAAACAUUAUUAAAGAAAAAAUCAAGAUGUGGAAACAGAAAACAAUAACUAAAAAAUCAGUUUAUGACAAUCAGAAACUUCAAUUCAGGCAUGUAUUCACUUACCAAAGAAAUAGUCAUAGGCUACAGAAGGUAUACUCAACUCAUAAAAAGAUGUUGGCUAACAUUCAAAGAAAAAAAGUGCCUGCAUUUCAAACAAAAACUUACAGAGGCAAACAUUUAAUACAAAAAUGGGGCAGUAUUCUCAGAGCUAGAAAAGAAAGUAAAUUUGGAGAAAAUGAAAUGGGCAUUUUGUCAAAAAUUUACUAUAUGCAGCCUUUCAUAGUAAAUCUUAAGUUUCUAACAAUUACAAUGUAUGUGAAGCAAGAUUUUUUUAGUUCAGAGAAGUAUCAGACAGAGCCAUUAGUUCAAGUGAAAAAAAUGUUGCAAUAUCUGUUGCCUUCUUCAGAGAGAGUUAAAAAGAAGUAUUUUAGUCUUGGUCAGAAAGGACUUGAAAUGUCAGCUUUAAAAACACUGAUGGUAAAACGGCUUGUUAAAAAAGAGGGUUUUCCAGCCUUUUUCUACAACAAUAUUUUUAAUGGCCCGUCGUCAAUUGUUGAAAGAACCAAGCGAUCAGCAAAAAAUAAAACUGUACCAAUAUCAGUAGGUGUUUUGCAGCAUUUAAGCUCUGCUCUUAUAGCAGGUGCUACAAUUUUUGGAAUAGCUCUGUUUAUUAUUGUGUUAGCAGGAUUUUACCUGUACCUUAAAAGAAGGCAACUUUUAAAGUUUUUCAAUACUGUUCUGAAAGAUGGAAAGUCCCCUCCCAAGUCUAAAUCUACUGAUUCUCAAAGUUAUGCACCUAUUUCUGUUUCACAGAAUUUUCAUUUUGUACAACCAAAGGACUCAAGAAAGAAACAGACAGCAGUGGCAGCAGCGGUUGAAGCCUCUGCCAAAAAGAAAUCUGAUCGUGUUAGUGUAAAAGAAAUAUAUGAUAGCUCUGAUACAGAAGGAAGUUCAAAAACGUCUCACAGAGGUUUGACUGUAAGAUCCAGAGCAUAUGUGUUUCCAUCUCAGUCCAGUGGAAGUCUACAAUCAUUCUGUGAUGAUGUUUGUGAUGUUUACUCAGCGCAACUUUCUUUAUCAGAUGAAAUUGUUGUGGAAAAAUUGUGUUCAAAUCUGCCCAGCACUACCCCAAAAGAAAAAAAAGCUGUUACUGUUGCAUGUCAAACAAACUAUUGUUCAAAAGAUAAUCAACACCAUUGUACCAAUACUGAUGUGUCACCACAGCUCAAGCAACUGACUAUUUCAAGAUCAAAAUCUGAAAAUGAUAUUGUAAGGGCUUCCUCCAGUAAUACAUCACGCCCAGUACAGUCAUUGACUCAUGUUUCUAAAGUACAAAAUCCAUGAUCAGUAUCUUUAUGCCACAUUGAAAAGUUCAGAUUAAUCUUAAAAUGUUGAUGAUUCUAUUUUUUCUUAAAACAACAAAGUUUCUACCUGAAUAUAGCUACAUUAAGCAAUAGCACACAAAGUUCUGUGAUAGAGUCCUGUUCCAGUUUUACAGGAAGUACUCCAUCCUUGAUGGUCUAUUUUAAAGUCAGAGCAUUUCUGGUUAGGUUAGAACAGGACAUUUUAGAUCUGGGAAAUUUUGACUUCAAAAUAUUUUGUAGACCUCUCACAACUGUGUGUGUGUGUGUGUAUGUGUGUGUGUGUGUACACAGAUGCAACAACAUAGCAUCCUUAAAACAGCCCUUCAGAGUAACUUGCAGAAUGUAUUGUAGAUGAAUUAUACCCUGUUAGAAGACCUCUUCAGGCUUUAUUACAUCAGGAUAAGACUUGCCCUCUGGAUGUUGUUCAAAUGAUUUCAAGCUCUCCAGAGCAUUCAUGCAUUCAGUGCAGGUUCCUGUAAGAGGAAAGACUGCAUGUUCA